AUGCUGCCCAUUGCUUGGGACCAGUGGUCGAACGCGCGGCUUUUGGAGGGCAAGAAGGUGGGAGUGCAGGUGCCGAGGGGUGAGAAGGACAGGUCGGCGUUCAGUCGUGACGGCGUCGCGAGCGCGGUGCGGCUUGGCAUGACGGAGGUAGAAUCUAGGAGGGCCUUUGUGGGGAAUGCAAAAAAGCUCCAGGCCAUUGUGUCUGACAGAGAACUCCAGGAGGAGGGAUACAUCGACGGAUUUAUUCAACAACUUACGUCUUACAAGGUGAACUGA